AUGUCUGACAAGAAAGUCUCCAAGCCCUGCCAUCACUGCAAGAGCAGGUCAGCCUCAGUCCCAUCAGACACCUCCAAGAUCCACUAUGAGGAGUUCUGGCUGUACCGCCACUGCUCGUCGUUGCACCAGCGGGACCAGCAAGCUCAGAAGGCUGGGCGGCUCUUCUCAGGGCUGCUGGCCGUGAACGUGGUGUUCCUGGGCAGUGCCUUCAUCAGCAGCAUGAUCUUCAACAAGGUGGCCAUCACCCUGGCAGAUGUCUGGAUCCUGCUCUCCAUCCUCAAGGUCUUGUGCCUGUUCUGGAUCAUUUACUACCUGAGGGGCACCAGCCGGCAGCCGCACGCGGUGCUCUACCGGGACUCCCACGCCGGAGCCAUCUGGGUUAGGGGGUCAGUGCUGCUGUUUGGCAGUUGCAGCAUCCUCCUGAAUGUGUUUCAGAUUGGCUACAGCACAAUCCUCGUCGAGUGCAAAUCCAAGGUGGAAGUUGUGUUCCCCAUCAUUGGAAUCAUUUUUAUUUUCACCCAGGCUUACUUUCUGUGGUAUCACUGUAAGGACUGCGUUCAAGUCCAGCACAACUUUACCAGGUGUGGGCUGAUGGUCACCAUAGCCACCAACUUUCUUCUCUGGCUCCUGGCCGUGACCAACGACACGCUGCACGUGGAGAUCGAGUCUCAGCUGCGCGAGGUGGAGCAGCGAUUCUCAGGCAACAAGACUGCCUUGUGCACGUGCCCAAACACGACCAUCUGCGAAAUCUUCCAGAAGGGCUACAUCCUGCUCUACCCCUUCAACACCGAGUACUGCCUGGUCUGCUGCUCCGUGCUCUACGUCAUGUGGAAGAAUGUGGGGAGACGCAUCAGCCACGACCACAUCCCAGACAUCAAGCCCAAAUUCAAGCUCCAGGGCGUGGUCUUUGGGCCAGUGCUGGGCACCAGUGCCAUAAUCAUUGGGGCUUGUAUCUUCAUGAUGUACCAGAUCCAGGUCACCAGCUUGGCCCCCAGCCACCAGGUCUUAGUGAUCUAUUAUUCCUACUACAUUGUGCUCCUGCCCCUGAUGAGUGUGGGUGCCGUGAUUGGGACAAUCAUCCACGCCUUGGAAAAGAAGGAGCUGGACACGCUGAAGAACCCAACCCGCAGCCUGGACGUGGUGCUGCUGAUGGGGGCAGCCCUUGGCCAAAUUGGCAUAUCCUACUUCUCCAUUGUGGCCCUGGUGGCCACCAACCCCGGCGACCAGCUCAACAGCCUCGCCCUGUCCUACUCUGUCUUCCUCAUCUUUCAGAACAUCACCCAGAAUGUUUUUAUCAUCGACGGUCUCCACCGGCGGCACAUUGCAGCAGCAGCUGAGGACAAACAUGCCGGACGCUCCGGGCACUACACGGUGGCUGCAGAGCUGCCUGGGGAAGAGGAGGCCACGCUGAGCAGCAAACAGGAGCACAGCCAGACACCUCCUAGCAAGGAGGAAGACAUUAAAGAAGAGCAGAGUCGUGAAGCCGACAGCCAAAGACGAAUGAGUGUGCUGGAGCUGGGACAGGAGAUCCGGAAAGCUUCCCUGUCCUACAUUCACACCUACUCUCACCUGAGCUGGAAGAGAAGAGUAUUGAGGGAGAUCUCGUUCUUCCUAGCUUUGUGCAACAUCAUACUGUGGGUCAUGCCCACCUUUGGGACUCACCCCACCUUCAAGAAUGGAAUGGAAAGGACAUUUUAUGGCUACUCCACCUGGUUUGUGAUCGUGAACUUCGGACUGCCCUUGUGCGUGUUCUACCGCAUGCACUCCAUCGGGGGGCUCCUGGAGGUCUAUGUGACAGCCUGA